AUGGCCGUUGCUUACCGGCCGUCCCACAGCUAUCCAACACAAACACAGUAUGGUACAUCAUCUAUGUCCCGGCGGCACCAAUUCGGAGAGUCGGAGCCGCCUCGCGUGAUCAGCUACGAUCACAGCCCUCCAGCCGCAGAGCCGUCCCGUUCGUACUCCAGCAACCACCCCCGGUACCACGAUUCGGCCGACUAUUAUGCCGAACCUGCUUCACACUCUUCGCCUUCCUCACGCUACCACACGGGCGGCGGUCUGCAGCGGUCCGCCACAUCCGCAGCUGUAUACGAGUCAGCACCACGCGAACAACCCAAAAGUGUGGCGGGCAUGUUUGGCAUGGCCGCAGUGGGCGCUGCAGCUGGAGCAGCGUUGACCUAUUCUGUGCUGUCGGGCAGAUCGCCGCGCGACCGUUCGUCCGAAGAGCCCGCAACUGCUCCGAGCUUCCAACGCCGAUCCACCUUCCCGGAUCCCUACCCAGCUUACGCACCCCCGCGCUUCAGCAGCCAGGAGGGCAUGCGAGCGAGCUCGCGGAAGGAGAGCCGUGAAGCGGAGGAUAUGUACGAAUACGACGAAGGCCGUAGUCGCCAUUCCUCGUCGCGCCAGUACCGGUCCAGCAGCCGUCCGGCUAGCCGGUCGGUCAGCGAGGCCGCCCCAGGCCGUACGCCUCUGCUCAUCGCAGAGGAUGAGCCCCGGUAUGGCAGCAGCGGCGGUGGCAACUAUGCACCACCUCGCUACGACGUGUCUCACGCACCAUCGCGCCAUGAUCUAUCCCACACGCCGUCGCGCUACGAUGCAUCCCCUGCACCAUCCCGCCAUGAUUUAUCUCGCACGCCGUCUCGCCAUGAUCCAUCGCGUGCAACAUCCCACUAUGACACAACCCGUGCAACUUCCCACUACGAUACGCCCCGCGCGGCCUCCCACCACUACGACGCGGCCCAUGCGCCGGCCCAUGCGCCGGCUCAUGCACCAGCUCAUGCGCCACCCUUGUCGCGUCGCAGCGCCACUUUCGAUGUUCCUCCCAGGGCUGAUCCCAGAGCUGAUUUCAGGCCGGACCCCAGGGUUGAUCUCAGGGCCGAUCCUAGAGUUGACCCGAGGAUGGAACCGGAAAGCUACGUCUCAUCCCGCAGCCAUCGCACAGGCGUGACUAUCCGGGGCGGUGGCAGCGCCAGCCGGCAUGCAGCAAAACCCCCCAGCGCCAGCCGCGGCGCAACAGUGCGUCACUCUUCCAGCCGGUCUGGCAGCUAUCGCUCGUCGCGCGAUAUGUCUCUGCCCCAGAGCGGUGCGGGCGGCAGCCAUGCGAGGUGGGACGCCUAUCCGAGCGACGAAGAGGAGGUUGACCCGAUGCUUUUCGAAGACAACGACAGCGUUGCGCCGAGCGACAGCAUUAGCUGGCAGUCUGCUGUAAGCGUGUCACUCCCCACGUGGGCGGACAAUGUUGGCUACGAGGAGGGCAGGUUGGAGGUCCUGUCAAAGCUGGUCACGGGCUAUCCAAGAUUUUUUGUCCACAAGAGCAUCCAGGCUUUUGCUGCCAGCAUAGCUGAGCGGUACGGCCAGGCGGGCCAAACAGCCAUGCUGUUCCCCAGCGGCGCGGCGGCGACGCGCUGUCUUGCCUUCGUCCAGAAGAUAGCGACGCCUCCGUCUGUGCUGGACAACAUAUCUAUUGUGCACCUGGGCUUGAACGUUUCCCGGCCAGACGCGUCACCAUUCAGGCCGCUGGCCCCCACCAUCUCAGCAGUCGUUUAUAAUCCAGAGGUCUUCCCGUUUGCCAAGCAGUACUGGCAGCAUUCCGGUGACGGCGUCUCCAGUCGUCGUGCCGAGUAUUGCCACAAGCUGUUUGGCAAAGGCCUGUUGAUACGCGUGUCCGAAGACGCUGGAAUUGGCAGCGGUGCACGGCAGGCCGAAAGCGGCCUUGUGCCAUCGGCCCUCUCGCCGACACUGACACCAGCAAGAGCGCCGGCCGUGUCGCCGUCGACGCAGCUGCCGACUUCCGUGAAGCCGUUUCGCGGCCCCAAACGCUACCGUCGUCCGAUGUCGCAGUCCGGCGAUAUUCUUCCCCAAGAGCGGCCGCUGACGCCGCGAUCUGCAGGCCACAGCCCUGAUGCUGCCGACGGCCAGGGGGUGGACGAGGACGAGACGGCGCGCUUCCUGGAAGAGCGGUUUGGGCGGAACCUUGAUCUGUCAUUUGUGCGGCGGGCAGGCUCGGCGAUCCGGCGGCGCAUCACCGGGGCCCUGACGGCGGACAACGAGGUGGACCUCGACACGCAACCGUCGACGCCGGUGGCAGCAGCAGCGGCAGACGCCAACAGCAGCAACAUCCGCGGCACCGAGAUCAUCCGGGAGGACGACGUGUACCUCUACCCGUGCGGUAUGAACGCGGUCUUCAACGCACACCAAUACCUUCUGGCCAGCCGAAAGGAGAGCGCGCCGCUGCAGAGCAUCAACUUUGGCUUCCCCUACGUCGACACGCUCAAGAUCCUGCAGAAGUUCGGCGGCGGCUGUCUGUUCUACGGCCGCGCGUCAGAAGAGGACCUCGACGAUCUGGAAGCACGGCUCAAGGGCGGAGAGCGGUUUCUGGCACUGUUCUGCGAGUUCCCAGGCAACCCGCUGCUGUCGUGUCCGAACCUGACGCGCAUCCGCCGGUUGGCCGAUGCCUACGACUUUGCCGUGGUGGUCGAUGAGACCAUCGGCACGUUUGUCAACAUUAACGUGCUGCCAUUUGCCGACAUUGUGGUUAGCAGUCUGACCAAGAUCUUCUCGGGCGACUGCAACGUCAUGGGAGGCAGCCUGGUGCUCAACCAGAAGAGCCGCUACUACUCGGUGCUCAAGGCAGCCGCCACGGCGCUCUACAACCAGGACAGCUACUGGCCCGAGGACAUUAUCUUUAUGGAGCGCAACAGCCGCGAUUUCGCCGAGCGCAUCGACCGGAUCAACGCCAACGCCGAGGCCGUGUGCGAAGUCCUGCUGGCCAGCCCGACGGUCAAGGAGCUGCACUACCCCAAGUACGGCAAAUGGCGGGAAAACUACGAGGCGUGUCGGAUCGGCGGCGGCCAGAAGGGCACCGGCGACCAUGAGGGCCGUGUCGGCGGUUAUGGCGGUCUGCUCUCCUUUGUCUUCCACCGCAAGGAGCAGGCCGUCGUGUUCUUUGACGCUGUGGCGACGGCCAAGGGUCCUAGCCUCGGCACCAACUUCACCCUGACGUCGCCCUACGUUGUGCUGGCGCACUUCACCGAGCUGCCGUGGUGUGCGUCGCUGGGCGUCGACCCGAACCUGUUGCGUGUCAGCGUCGGUCUCGAGGACACUGCGGCUUUGCGGGGGACCUUCCAGUCGGCGCUGGAUGCGGCGCAGGCUGUAGGUCAGGAGACCGCUUAG